AUCUGCACAACUUACAAAAAAAAGACGAAAUAAAAAAUACCGCGUUUUUUAGCAAACCAAAAAAUCAUAUAAUGUAGUGCUAUUAUGGAUUUUGAAUACCAUUUAAGACUUGGGUUACAUUACAGUAUUUAUUAAUUGCAGAGAAAAAGGAGAUUAAGCAAUCCGUGGAAAUAUUGCAGUAUAUCUCUCUAAAAUUCAAUAUGGAGGUCGUUGUUGCAAGGAAUAAAUAUUGGUUAUUUUAUUUUGUAUUAUUAGUUUUAGAAGGAGUUCUUUGUAAUACGUUUUAUGGCAAACUCGUCCUGAAAAUAUCUGUCGCCAGCAAGAAAAAUUCUGUCUUUGCACAUCGUCCGACAAUAUUUGCGACGCGUCGGUCAACAUACCUUAAAAAGGACGGUGACGUAUUUCAAAUACAUAUUCCCGGCAUAGCAAGGAACAGCACAGCUGAUACCAUAUCAUUCGAGUCGGUUCGAUUCCCUGGUUACUUUCUGCGACAUAAAAAGGUGGAAGUCGAUUACAGGUUUCGCAUAGCAAAGCCGACGGUGGACGAUAAAUAUUUCAAUUCAGAGGCGACAUUCAGAAUACAACGUCAUUCGGGUAUCGAAGGUUCGGGAAUGCUUCGCUUAUUUGAAGACCCGUCGUAUUAUUUAUGCGUUCGAAAAUACAAUUACGCUGACUCAGCAUUGAAAGCGAUGAAGAAUGACAACACGGAAGAUUUCCGCGCAAGAUGUUCGUUUUUUAUUCAAAAAAUGAAACCAGAAAAUGUAAAUGAUGCGGUCAAGAAAUCAACACAAAACGAUAAAAACAAACAGAAACUACAAAUAAGUAAACAAACAAACAUUAAAAAUGUUGUUAGACCUUUUGUAGCAUCAAAUAUGCCACCCGAAAUAGUGGGAGCACGAAAAGGGCAAGUAUCGUCGAAAACAGGAUCGAAUCAGAGAGUUUCGCUUACUGCAGGUGCACGUGUCAUUCCGAAAACGCAAGUUUUACCACAAUACUCUGGACCAGCAAGAAAAGCUCAAGCAAGUGAUAAAACCCAAGUAGCUUCUCAAGUUACCUCGCACCGGGAAAAAGGAGAACCGUCGGAAAAAGUUGUUCGCAAAAUGCUUGAUGAUUACGUAAAGAAAAUACAAACAAUUCCGGAAUAUGUGAGUUCCCAAACAGUAGAAUCGAAUCAACCACAACAAUUUGUAAGUAAUGUCAUACCUCAAAACCUCAAUCCAACGACAACUAUGGGGUCUUGGAAUGGUAAAAAUAAGCUAAAUGGGCAAAAUGUUAAUUUUUACCCACAAACAGAACAGUUCGAUUUAGCGAAAUCAAUGUAUCCUCAAAGUAAUCAAGGUUAUCAGUCGCAAAAUCUUGUUUAUCCAGGUACAAGCAUGUUAUCUUACUUUCCUGUUGUUUCAAAGUAUGACCCAACCAAACAGUACAUUCGAACAUUCUUUCAAGAAGAUGACGAACACCUACCGAACCCGGAAACAAACCACCCGGUCGAAGUUGGAACGGAAUCUUUCCAGACAGAUAUAAAAUCUGAUUUAAAAAACAAAAUUCAUAAAUCAAGCACGAGCACAAAUACUGAAACAUCCUUAGGUAAGGAGCACACGAAAUAUUUUAAAGCAACACCAAUACUAUCUUCCAGUAAAGUCCAUGCGCAAAAUCAACGUAAGUUAAACAGGAAAACGGUGGUGAAAGAAACGCUACACAGCAAACGAAGACAGCAAAACGCUACUUUAAUUAUGAAGAGUAAAGUUAAGAAUGUAUCUACAACUAUGCACUCGCAUCAACCGGUAUAUAGUGCAGCCUUUCGUAAACAAACCACCCGGCAUGGUGCAUGGAGGAACAAAAACGGUCUUUCACACAGAACAGCUGAUUCAAGAUUUAAAGUUAAACCAGCUUCGUUGCUUCGAUUGGGUCCAAAUAAACCAAUCAAUUUACAUGAUUUUGGAAAAACCACCCAUCGUGAGCCGUCUUUGAAUUUGGAUGGGUUAGUUGCUGGUGUUAAAUUACCGUUGACGAGAUCAAACAUAACUGUGAGUAGCAUGGACAAAGACGAUACAUUGGAUUCUAAUACGAUUACAGGCGGUAAAAAUAAAACCAUUCACAACUGGCUCAAGCAAACUAAUUCGAAUACUAGUUUACACGAAAUCCAAGCUUCAAACGGUAAUGUUUCAUCACAAAGCAAAGUAGCUAUGAUUAAUGAAAACCAAAAUAGUAACGGGUAUAAGACUAACAAAAUGGCAGCUUCGAAUAACAAAGAAGUGUUAGGAUUUAGAAAAAUUGAAAAGGAGGUUAACUUGCUGGAUUCCAUGGAUAGCAAAAAAGGUAAAAUCGAAACAGCGUUGAAUAAAAACUCUCCAAUUCCACUUAAGAACACCACGCAACUUGAUACAAUGAGAUCCGUUUUGGAAAAUCCAUCACCGGAUAAUACGGGCACUCAAAUAAAGAAAGCCGAAAAGCAAGCACCGGCUGCUAAGAAAGAACACUUCGUUGACGAAACGCUAAAAAAUUUCACAACAGAUGCAAGCGAUUUAGAUCUGAAAAUUUUUGGUGAUGAGAAGAACGAUUCGUUUGCAGCGAGUGAAGAUAAACCAAUCGAAGCAGUAAACACAACUACAUCAGGCGAGAACACUAAUGUUGACAAUUCAACAUCUAUGUCAGCAUUUCCAGACGUAAAAGCCAACUCAUCUGAUCCUAUCGAAAAGAUUUUGUACUCUGCAAUGACGGACGACCCGACGUUAAAGAAUAUUAACUUGACUCAACCUGAAGAUGGGGGCUUUACGUUUGGUGAAAAUAAGGAGACAAAGCAAAACCCGGAAAAGCACGCCAAAAAUGAUACAACUAGGAUGACUGUGUUUGAUACCGCAAAUGCAUCUACCCCUGCACCGGAACGUUUCCUACCCCCGGUUACGCAAACAUCUUUGACGAAAAAUAACAAAACGAAAAAUUCCACUGUUCCUAACGAUACAAAAACAGCAACUGUGAACAAAACUGUUGCAACGGAGUCUGGAAAACUUCCAGAAGCAAGUAACGUGACUCUUGGUUUGGCCAAUAAAACGUCUGUCCUUGCUGGUAAUGCUACUUCUCUUACUGACAAAGUCCCGCUUGUGGCUGAAAAAGUAAUGAAAGACAACACGUCUGUCGCUAAUAGUACCCUCCUGACUCAACGUAAUAUCACUCUUUCAGUUUUAAAAGCUCAUCAAAACAGCACAAACCUUGACAAUGUUACAAGCGUAAAUGAUUCCAUUUCAACUGUAAGUCUUGUUAACAAAAGCAAAGACCAUCAGGAAUCCACUCCAACAAGAACAUCGAUUAAAGAAGUGAAGGUUAUGAACAAUGAAGAAACAGAGAAUGAAGAGAAUUCGAACGCGGCUAUGGAACAAACUUCUGAUACUGGAGACGACAAUAUACCGUUCGAAGAAACCACAAGCAACGAUGUUUCAAAUUCUGAUGGAACUACUGAGGCAGGUGACAACAUGGAUAGUGCAACAGAUAAUAACGAAGGUUCGCUUGCCACAUUGCUGAACCAGCAUAACGAUGGUGGCAUAGAAUAUGACAACAUGGAUAAAGCAACCACCUUUAAAGAUCUUGGCAGCAGUGAAAUGAAAGGCAUUGCAAAGGCAAUGUCAUCAUUAAACAUACAAGACGUUGAUCACCUCAGAUCACGAAUGAAAACCAUUGAUAUGAUUGAUCGAAACCCGCCCAACCAUUUCCAGCACCUUAAGAAAGCUGAAAACGACUACGCCAAUGAAGGUUUGCACACAAACGGCAUAGCUCUAGGUGAACAACCUGACACAGCUCACGUUCAGUCGUACACUGCCGAAGACAAGGACGUAGGAGACAGUCCAAGCGCGGUGCACGAAGAAAAUUACGCUGACGUGUUAGGAGGACAAACAACAAAUCAGCAGUCACCUACUGUCGUUAAUGAUAAUAAUAUGCAACUGAAUGGCGAUGCGCACGAAACUGAAAGCACUCUACAAGACCCUGCCUUACAAGAAGCUUCUUCUGUACCUGUCUCUAUAUCAGCAACGGCACCAGAAGCGUCUACAAGCGCUCAAGAAAGUAUCAGUACUGCUCAACAAAUGAGCACACCGACCGCACAGGAGCUUUCUUCGGCUCAAGAAUCCAGUAUGCUUCAAAACGAAGCCCAACAGAGUAUAGAUCCAAGUCAGACGGGAGGAAAUGCCUUGCAUGUUGGAGGAUCAAAUACGGAUAACAUGGUUUCAGCAGGAAACAACAUGGUAGCUCAAAGAGAUGAAAACGCCGAAGGCACAGGUUUGAACCUUGGCUCACAGGGUGGAGAAGCAUCGGGUGUAACUAUGGGUACAGAGAAUGAGCUAUCUUCUUUUACACCACAAAAACAAGCAGAACAAGGAGAUAAUGUAGGGGAAAUGGACAAUGUUAACGAACAAGGUUCUGUGGUACCACAACAGGACGUAAAUGCCGAUUCACCAGAUGCCAGAUCGAACUUGAACAAAAAACACCAUCGACACCCUCACCCGCAAAAAGCUGUGGUUGUGAAAGGGGUCGCGAAGAAUACAGUCUUGAAAGUACCCAUCGCAAUUUCAUAUUCUAAAGUUCAUGAAGAAGACAACUCAGGCCAUCAUAAACUUGAACAUAUGAUUAAAGAUGUAAUACACGACGUGAAGAACGAGCUACACGGUGGUGGUGGAGACAUAAAUGAACAGCAGCAGGGCAUGUUUCGUCAUGCAACUCUUGCCAGCAACGACAUAUUACCUCAUUUCUCCCACGUUGAAGAAGAACACGGUCCAGUCGUAGGUAGCCCGCGUGUUGAACAUCAUCCCGUUACCUUAUACGAGACUGAGCAUUAUGAACCCGCUAAAUCUUCGAGUGGUAUUGUUACCCCCGAGUCGUUCCAAGAAAGACCAAUGAUGCAACACGAAGUCAAUGUAGUGCGCCAUACACAUCACGUGGUUACAGUAAAAGACGAUAGCGAAAAACAAAAAAUGGUGAACGGGUUGGUUGAUUAUGAUUCAGAUCGUUGUGUUUCUCUGCAAUUAAUUAAUGACUUACCAAGUCGGUACCGGUUAAUUUCAUCUAUAAACAAACAUGGCUACACCCCACGCGGGAAAGUAUUUACACUUAAAACAGUGUUCAAAGAUCCGAGUGCACAUAAGUACGUGUCCUUUCACGCCAUCGAUGAGUCCGAACCAAGUAAGCAAGUAACACUGGAUGGUGCUAAAGAACUAAUCUCUGUUCCUACACCGUGCCAAAGCAAGCCUAAAGUUGUACACGUUGCAGGAGUGCAAACAAAACCCUCCAUCGUGUCAAAGAAAGAUAUUCUUCCAGAUGUUAUUCCAGAAGUUGGCACAGACGAGACACAUGUGGAGAAGAAAAAUCGAAUCGCUUAUCCUCUACAAGAGCAUUUUAUUGUCCAUAACCUAAAUGGUUUACAUAAACGACAACAUAUCACUCAUAUUUACUUGAAAAAAGCGAAAAAAGACCGUAUUAGUUACCCAAGACAGAUGAGAAGAUUCAAUGUUAUGCGAGAUUCAGAUGUUGAUACAUUCUUCGGCAAACUUGUGCUCAAGAUGUCACCCUACUCCACCCGCAGCAGUCUAUACAGCGACCGACCAUUUGUUUUCGCCACUAGAAGAUCGACAUAUUUAAAGAAACAUGGUGAUGUUUUUAAAAUCCAUACACCGGGUUUAGCAAGAGGUGCCGGAAGAGAUUCAAUCUCGUUCGAAUCUGUCAGGUGGCCAGGGUACUACCUAAAGCAUAGGGCAGAAGAAAAUGAUUUUAAAUUUCGAAUAGCCAGAUCGAAACCAAGUAACUACCGAAUUUUCAAUAAAGAAGCAACCUUUGUUGUUGAAAAACACAAUGGAAUCGAAGGAUCUGGAAUGCUACGUUUAUUCGACAAGCCAUCUUGGUAUUUAUGCGUGCGUAAGCAUGACAUAGCAGAUUCGGCAUUAAAGGCUAUGAAGCGAGACAGUAGUCCUGAUUUUAGACUUCGUUGUUCGUUUUUUAUUGAGAAAUUGGAGCCAGCAGCUGUGGUAGGCGAGGUAAUGAAAACAAAAGAAAAUCAUCACGAUGAACCGGCAACAAAACGUAAACAUAUUCAUCGGCCAGCGCUUGCAAUACGCAAGCUGUUAGACAGUUACGUAAAUCACGGAAAACUCGAACUACUCAGAGACGAUCUAGGAAAGUCCUUUGGUCAAACUUUGAAUACGAUUGCAGACAACAAACCACAACAAAUGCAUUUAGUAAACAACUAUCUCCAACCAUCUAGGAUAUCUGCUCUGGAAGCCACUCGCACCUAUGGACCUUCAGUUAUUUGGUCGAAACAAUCGCCUAAUAACGCACUUAGAUCUUUUAAUUCACACCUUCAUGUUCUCGGGUCCAUUCCACAUCCAUCUACUAUAAAAACGCCUAUUGCUCAAUUAUCUGAUAAAAUAGCGCAGCUGUCAUUUGUGCCUCGAUUAGACAGUUACACAUUUACUAAAGCAGUCAGUGGAAAUGAAUAUUCGCUUUAUAAGGGACGCAAUGCUUUUCCUGCUGCUAGGUUUUCAAGAACACAACAGUCAUUCAACAGACCGGCAAAGUGGCAUGAUGUUAAAGGAAAAAGCAUUAAGAAGAAUGAAAUAAGUAAGGCUUAUAACAACACUAAUAACACUACUAAGACUGAAAAUGUGAGUGGCAACAACAUUCGGUUAAACGAGACAAAAGUAAGCAUUUUAGGAAAUUUAACGAAAGAAAAUUCUUCGGUUGUUGCAUUUGGUGGAAACGAAACACGAGAAAUACACAGUGACAAAGUAGUGAAUCAAAACAGCACUAGGUUUUAUCACAUUCUGCAUGGUGUAAGUAAUGGCGUGGUAAGAGUGAAAAUAGAAAGUAGUAUCUCAGAUUCGAAAAAAGUUGAAAAUCUAAUGGAAAAUCCCAAUCUUUUGUCUCUUCAUUCCAGUGGAACAAAUCUAAACUUGUCAAAUUCUACAUUGUUUAAUAAUGAUCCAAAAUAUGUUCGAAAGAAAACUAUCAGUCAUGGAUUUUACCAAGAGGAACCUUUAAUGGAAGGGCUGAUAGCAGAUCCUAAAAAACCAGAAGUUGCGUUUGAUGACGAUGAAUCAAAGGGAAUGGAAGUCAAACAUCUGUUUGCAGACAGCAAAGGACAUGUCUCGCCUCUAAACAUUAACGAGCCAAAUAAAAACCCGACUGUACAUAUCGAGAGCAGUAAAAAUGUCGCCGACAGCGAGGUAAAUAAAGAUGGUGAUCUUUCUGCUAAUGAUGGUAACAAGAUGGGUGCGAUACACGUUAACGAAGGUAGCAAGGAAGCUGCUCUUACUUUAAGCGAGGCAAGUAAAGAAGCCUCGAUCAAUUUUAAUGGCGUCAGUAAAGAUGCUGGCUUAACGAUUGGUGAAUCCAGCAAAGAACCGGACUUAAAACAAGAGGGCACAGUAGUGAGUCAUGUUUUCGCAGAUAGCAAAGGUCAUGUAAUUCCGAUGAAUAGAAAUCAAGAUCAGAAAAGCACUGGCGCAAAGACAAAUGAAAAACAGAUAACAGGAGAGGCUAAAGAAACAUUUGAAUCUGCUCCUGCCACAGGAAAUGUUAACGCGGAAACAAAAAGUGUGAAUGUUAAACAUUUGUUUGCUAACAACACUGGUCGUAUUGAAGGUUUGAAACCAAGACAUAAUUCGUAUAUCGCUAAGUUAACAUCGCCUUUAACGAGCUUAAAAGAGUUAAAGAAGCUUGGGAAGAAGAUAAAACUAGGUGCACAUUGUAAACGCUCUGUUGGCGGAGCGAUUCAUGUUUCGGAAUGUGACGAUGAAGACAGUAAUACGCAUGAGAAUGAAAUGACUGAUACUGAUAUACCUGGGCAUUCUCAUUUUACUGAUCAUGAUAAUUCAGAAGCAGGACUAACUGAUUUAGAUCUGUCUCAUUUUGAUCAUAAAAGCAAUGCAGAAGAAGACCCUGUAGACAGUAUAACAACAGAAGCUGCUGAUGGAGAUAAAGAAAGCGAGACAGACGAAGUAUAUGGUCACAAAAGUGGUUCAGAAGUAGAUGACGAACACGAGGAAGGAGCAAAUGAAGAUGAGGACGAGGAGGAGAAUGAACAUCAAAGUCACCAUGGAAACCAUCAUGACUAUGAUGAAAAUCACCAUGAUGAUGCAUAUCAUCAUGGUGACCAUGAACACGAGCAUCAUCACGAAGGUGACGAUCACGACUAUAAUGACCAUCAUAAUCAUGAACACAGCUACCAUGAACACGAUAACGGUGAGCACCACUUUGAAGAGAACCACCAUGGUGAUCACGGUGAACAUCAUUAUACUCGUCACGAUAUGGGCCAUGAAACUGAACACGAAGGACACGAGGAACACGAAGAUCACGGAGAGCAUGAGGAACAUGAAGAUCACGAAGAUCAUGGAGAGCACGAGGGACUUGGAGAGCACGAAGAUCACGAGGAACAUGAAGAUCAUGGGGAACAUGAGGAGAACGACGACCACGGAGAACACCACGAAGAUCACGGGGACCAUCACGAUGAUGAUAGUUACGAUGAUGGACAUAUGGAACCUGGCCAUCAUUGGAUUGAUCAGAAUGGAGAGCACCAUGUUUAUAUGGGUGAUUCAUGGGAAUCGAAGAGUUGCAGGGAAGGAAAAUGCAGCAGUAGCAGUGGGGGUAGCACCGGAGGGAGCGGUGGAAAAUCAAACUCGUCGACUUCUGGUGGCUCGUCUAGCUCAAGUAGUUCAGGCGGCUCUAGUAACUCUUCCACUGCAAGUUCUGAAGGUUCUUCGGGCUCUAGUAGUUCAGCAGGCUCUGGCGGAUCAACAGGCUCUAGCGGGUCAACUGGAUCUGGAAGUUCCUCUAGCUCUGGUGGCUCAACAGGUUCUACCGGAUCAACUGAAUCUGGUGGUACCUCAGGUUCUAGUGGUUCAACAGGAUCUGGUGGCUCAUCUGGAACAAGCAGUUCAGGAGGCACAUCAGGAAGCAACUCAAGCGCUGGUAGUACAUCAUCCGCUGGUAAUUCUAUGGGUGGAGUAAAUAUAGGUACGUCUGUGGGAUCUGGAGGAGGAACAGCCGGAGCAGGCUCUGCAGGAGGUAUUACAAUCGGUGGCGGAGCAGGAGGUUCCAGUGGGCCAACAGGUGGAAUUAAAAUUGAUGGCAAUGGUUCAACAGGUAGAGAAGGCUCCGCUGGUGGAAUUAAAGUUAAUGGGGGCUCAACAGCCGCAGGAGGGGCCGGUGGUUCCACUGGACUCAAGAUAGGAACUGACUCGAAUGAAUCUGGUGGAACAACAGGAGGUACUAAAGGUGCAGGUGUCAAAAUAGGUGGAGGUACCUCCGGGUCAGGAAACGUGUCUCCAAUUAACAAUCAAACAGGAGGAAGCGCUUCAAGCAGUAAAGGAAAAGCAAUAAAUGCUAAUUCAACAGGAGCGGACUCUGCAGCGUCCGCAGGUGUAGACAAUAAAAACCUUCCACAGUUGCUAAACGCCAAACUUCCAUUAGGUAAUGCGAAUAUUGGAGGCGGAAGUAAAAACAAUUCCGCUAACAAAAAUGCGGGAGCUAAUAAUAAUAAUGCUGGUGGGUUAAACAACAUCGGUACAAAUAAUAAUAAGGCGACAGCUAAUAACAAUGGAGGUGCUGUAAAUAACAGUGGUAACAAUAAUGGCGGACUUAAUAAUGGCGGACUUAAUAAUAGUGAAAACAACAAUGGCAGACUCAAUAAUGGUAGGCUUAAUAAUGGCGCUGCCAAUGGUGGAACUAAUGCUGGAGCAGGUAAUGGUUUAACUGACCCGAAUAGCCUAAAUAAUAUAUUCAAUACGAAUAACAAUCUUAAUCAAAACAACAACAAUAACAGCAGUAGUGGUGGUGGAGGUGGUGGGGGUGCCACAAACAACAACAACAAUAUCACUGCCAACAAAUCUAAUAACGCUAAUAACAACGCAAACACAGGGAAUCAAAAUAAUAAUCCUUUCGGGGGAGGGUCCAACAACAACUCAAAUGCUGGUGGUGGAGGUUUUCCAAAUACUCUCGGUGGAGGAGGAGGGGGAGGCCUUCCUAAUCCUUUAGGAAUAAAUAUUGCAGAUGCAGUGAAACAACUUCCAAAUUUGUUAGGCAAUGGACUUCCUAAUCUUGGUGGUAUACCAAAUCCUUUAGGGGGAGGAGGUGGAGGUGGCUUACCAAAUCCUUUAGGAGGCGGAGGAGGACCUUUUGGUUUUAAUAAAACAAAAGGCGGCAAGAAAAUUGAAAAUGGUAAAGCAAAUAAUAAUUUUAAUAAUAAUAAGACGAGCAGCGGAAGCAUCGUAAAUAAUGAAAACAUGAAAGGAGGCGCAAAAAACAAUGAAAAAACAGGUGUCAAGAACGUAGAAAACGUGUCGAAAAAUAACAAAGAUCUCAAAACUGCCCACAAAAAUGCAGAAGAUACCAAAAUUGAUGGAAAAAAUGCAGGCGAAACUCAAAUGAACGGUAAGAAAGAAGACGAUAUUAAAGUUGGCGAAAAGAGCAAAGAAAACGUUAAACUUAAAGAUGAGAGUGAAAGCAAAGUAAAAUAUGUUGAUGAGCAUGCACCAAAAACAGACAUAAAUGUUGGUAACCACACAAAAAUAAUAAGAGAACAGUCGAACGACAAACUGGCUUCACAUAUCAAAGAAGAUGAAGUAAAACAACUAGCAAAGACAAAGAAAGAGGAUGGAGGAAAUGAUAAACCUCAAGUUGUAAAAACUGUCAUGCAUACUUUGGCUGGAAACAAUGAUACAGAAAGCAAGCACAAAAUACCACCAACUUUAAAUGCUACCUUUGUACAGCCACCAAUCAAGCCAAAUCUCCAUUCAUUAAAUUCCUUGUCAAUCAAAGCAACCAAUGUAAGUAAGGUAGGAAAGAAAUCAUCACCAACUGAUUUGAUCAAACAUGUAACCAAACUGAUGAAGAAAACUACAGGAUUCCUAAACGAAAGUGAAGCUGGAGAAGAAAAAUUUGAACCACACAAAAGUAUUUUAGGUUUUAAGACAGAAAAAUGGGAUGAAAAUGAAUUAGAAGUAGAACGAAAUGCUAAAGGCACACUACUGGAUAAAAACUUCUCAAUUCCAAGACGAAAAGAGAACGCAGAAUAUGUGGACGACGAGUCGACAAAAAAUGCCGACCCAAAAAAGUCAAAUAAAUAUGUUAUGAAGUUGCAGAAAUAUAAACACGAAAAAGAAUUGAAAGAAAAAAAGAAUCAAACUAACUUUAUAGUGAACAAAAAUUUAAACGUAAAAAACAAAACGGUUUUGAUUCGAAACCAUAUGCAAACCAAAUUAUUCUUACCUCAACUUGUAAAAAAUAAUCGUACACAAAAUAAAGAAAAUGACAGUGGCAAAAUAACAACUAACCAGGCUGUAGAACUUUCCACCGAUUUAACAGAAAAGAAAAAAUCUGUUUCAGAUGGUGAAAAACGCAUUUCAACCCCUGACGAUUUUCUUCUUGACGACAAGGGAAAUGUUUCUGCGAAGUUAUCAACAAAAGAAAGGGACGAAUUAAGAGAGUUAUUCAAUUUCACUUCGAUGAACAAAACCAACACAAACAAAUCAGAAACGAAACUUGCUGGUACUGUACUUUCUGGCAUGCAAGACUCCAAUGAAACAAACAAAACUUUUGAAGAGACGGAAACAGAAGAGGAGAAGGAUUUUGUAGAAAAUGCAAUUGAGAAUAACAUAGGCAACCAAACAUUACUGAAGGAGGAAUUAAAAGAUCUUGACAAAGACUUUGGAUUUGAGGGAAGUAGUUCAGAUGAUGAAGGAUCUGCUUUAAAUUCUGAAGAAGGAAGUGGAAAUAGUAUCAAAGAGAUCAAAAUCAAAGACUCAAAUCAUCUAAAGACAAAUAAAACUAAAGUAAUACAAAAAGCGGAUGAAGCUAGUAUGUUACAAAAAAUAAAAGCAUCUGGAAAGGGCAAACCAAAAACUGCUUCUGGUGAAGUAAUUCUGCACCCUACAACGCAAAGACAUGUAACUAAUCCGAACGCCAAAAAAGAUCCAUUUAAAACAGAAUCUGUAAAUGAUAUUUACCUCUACAGAAAUAAGAGUCAUAAUCCAGCAGAAGAAGGACUGAAUGUAAACAAAACAAACAAGGCUAAAAAUAAUCAACAAAAACAACAACAACAAGCUUUUGUAAACAGUUUUUCUGAUAGCUUUCAAGAGAUAUUAAAACAGGCUGAACGCAAAGUUGAAAGAGAUAACGCUGCGGAGGGAAGUGAAGGAAAACUAAAGGUGAAAAAGCAGAAAGCAGAUGAAAAAUUAGAAGAUGAAGACGUAUUUGGAAACAAAAAAAUCAGCGCAGAUGAACAAAGGGAAGUACGAAAAAAGUCAAACAGGAAUCAAACAAAGCCUGUCAUAAAAGAUGCUCCAAAACCUCUAACAUAUAACUCAUCUAAAAUUGAUAUAUCAAAUGCUAAACCUGCUAAAGAAGAAAGGAAUGCAUCAAGCACUAUGCUAGGCAGUAAAAACACAACAGCAAAGUCAAGAAAACAGUUAGCUAAAAAAUUGACAGGGGAGAUACUUACUCAUUUGAGUAAAGCACCUCAAGAAAGUGCCAAGCAAGUUAUCCAACUCAAAGUCACAAAAAAACCUAAUGCUACAGGAAAAAACAAAAAAGUUGCCGAGGAUAAGAAACUAACAUCUGAAGAUUCCAGCUUAAAAGAGAAUGAGAAGCAGAAUACUGUUGAGAGAAAAAAAUUAAAAAAGAAAAAAGAAAAUGCAAAAUUGAAGAAAGAAAAAAGUUCAGCUGCGCUAUCAGAAAGUGCUCUUGAAAAUAAAAUAAAAUCUACAGCAGUCUUUAACGACUCAGUUCUGCAAAGUGAGUAUAAGGAGAACUCAAAUAAUGAUAGUUUCACGAAUGUGCAAGCAGCUAGUGUUGAAAGCAGCAAGAUCCAGUAUGGUGCAAAUAAAACAACAUCUAUGUUUCAAAGUAAUCAAUCCUUCAAUGAAACGCUUCAAAGUAACGCAAACACAACUAACAAAACCACAUCAAAUCAAUUAACAAACGCUGUAAGAAAUGUAACAUCAAAAACUCAACCCAAUUCAAUGACUGACAAUACGGUUCAGUACAAUGGAAUGACUGCCAGUGAUGCUGAGAAAGUCAAUAGAAUAACACCAAACGAUGCAUUAAAUGCUGAUUUAAAUACACCUUCCCAAUAUUCAAAGGAAAGUUCACUUAGUGAUACAGCGUUGCUAAACAAAAGUUCACAAUACCAAUCGUUUACUGAUGACAAAGCAGGCGAUGGACUGAAAUAUGGUCAAAACUCAAAAGUUGACAAAAAGGAAAAGGGCAUGACAUAUGGAAAUCAGGAACUAGGAAAAACUAUUUUUGCCACAGAUAUCCCUGAAGCAAGAACUAGUGAAGAUGAAACACCAACUGGUAGUACUAAAGUUUCAAAAAUGGAAUUCUACAAAACGGGGUCGAGUAUAUCUAAAAUGAAUUCAAAGCAAAAACUGCAAACAAACAAUUUGACUGUAAAAUCAAAUACCACUAAGCUUGCAAAAGGUCAACACCAGAACAAAACAAAGGUGCACAACGUCGCUAGACAACCAUUGAAUGAUGACGCAGAAAACAUAGACAGUUCUUCUUUAGAAGAACUGGAUAACUUUGAAGACAUGGAUUCCUUUUCAGGAUUUGCUGAGAAUGACACUAAUGCUUUAAACAACGAGUUCUCGAAUGAAGAUUCCAAAGCACUGCACGACUACUUAUUAAGCAGUAACAAAGGACCUCUAAAGAUAAAAGGAUUGCCCCAGCAAACUUUAAAUGCCCUUGCUAAUGACUUGAAGGAGACAGCUUCAAUGACUAACGAAGUUUCAUUUAAAAAAUUACCUAGCGUUAAGAAUGCAACUUUAAAUAGUGCCCGACACCGUAACACUACUGUUAGGAAGGAAAAUACAAAAUCUGAAAAACCUACUUUAAAUGCUACAUUGACAAUGCUCAAAUCAAAAGAUAGUGAAUUAAUAAAAGAAACAACAAAAGAUACUCAACAAUCAAGCAGCGGAGACGGAAGUGACUUUCUUGAUCACUCUUCUGAUGAGCAAUACAAAACGCACAACACAGCCUUUGGCGAAUCCACAAAGGUUAAUGAUGCAACAUCCAUGGAUUCCACCAGUCCAAGAAAAGAAACAGGCGCAAUCAAAGGUGAAAAAGAAGUUUUAUCCUCGUUAAACAAUAACUUAGAUGCAGCGCAAAGUUCGUUAAACACUGGUAAAAAUGUUAACCCUUCAACCAUAAACUAUCACAAUAAGAACAAAACACAAACCUUGAAACCAAAGCUCGAUUUUGAAAAUGAAGAUCAAGAUCAAGCAGAUAAAGUGAAAGUAUUAAUAAAGCAAACUAAUCCGAGAGAAAAGCCUCUUAAAGAACUCACACAAUGGCUAAGUGACGUGAUUAAAACAUCUUCUUCAAGAGGAGAAAACAUGAACAAGACCACAUUUCUUGUGAACAAUGUUGCAAAUAGAUCAAACCUGGUAAAUGACUACAAACGAAUCAAUAAAACACAGAGUGUUGCAAAGCCGGCUAAGAAACCUAUAGAAAGUGAUGAACACGUAAAAGAAGUUCUUGUAAAUGCUGCCCAUGAAGGCAAGGACGCGCAAAGUAAUUCAUAUGGAAAAAAACCUAAUGAAGAAUCAAUUGAAGUCAACAAAAUGAAGGAGCAACGUCUAACCUCUGUUAACGAGAUGCACCAUACUAAAAUAGCAGAUGAUAUCAAAGGUGAUAAGCAAAUUGCUGGAGGUGAUACGAUAAAUGGUUUGGCAAAGGCUAUGGCCGAAAUCAUGUCCAGUAACCCAGACAAUGGAAACAGUAUGGAAGAUUUAGAAAACAUUGACAGCACGGCCAAAAACAUCUUAAGUGAGGUGGAUGAAGAUAGUAAAGGUGAUGACUUAACUGACGAAGACAAUAGUAAUGCUACAGAUGAGGCCAGUAAAGGCAAGUUCUCCCCAAAUAUGACAACCCACAAUAGUACUCAAGCACAUUUAAAAGACAAGACAAGUGCAAAAGGUAUUCCAAGUACAGCGGAAUCGUACUUUGUUUCUCAAAAUGUUGAUGAAGAUGAUGAAGAAGGAGAUAAUUCAAAAUCCAGCAAUGCAGAUCCUAAAGCAGCAGCAGCUCCACUAAAAGUGUCACCUAAAACUAAAUUGAAACUGAAAGUUCCCUUAUCUUACACCAGACCAUCUUUAGGCAACGUUAAAGCAACUGAACAAGAAACUGUCAAAGGUCAGAAUGUUGAGGUACAUGUUAACGGGAAAGCUGGGUCUACAGUUGCAGCAUUUGCGAAGGAGAAAAAUGCAGAAAGCAAAGGAGAAUUGAUUCAUGAGUUUAAACAACUUUUUAACAUUGGGGAUUCUGGAGAAACAAAAAAAGCACCUAAAGUUUCAAAAGUAAAUCAUAUUGAUUCUUCUAAACCAACUGCGAAUGUGUGGGAUAAAAUCAAACAAAAAGCAGUUGCUGGCGCCAGACAAAUUGGAGCAAAGAAAGUACACGAACAUCGUAUAGUGACAGUAAAAGAUGAAGCUGAAAAGGAAAGAAUGGUCAAUGGGUUGGUCGCAGAUAUUGAUCGUUGCGUCUCGUUAAAAUUCACAAACGAGUUAGGAAAUCGGUAUAAACUCGUUUCAUCGAUUAAUAAUCAUGGCUACACUCCUCGCGGGAAGAUUUUCACAUUAAAGCAAGUCUUCAAAGAUCCCCGAGCACAUCGUUACGUAUCUUUCCACGCUUCUGAUGAACUGGACGAAGAUAGAGCUGUUUUGUUGAAUGGUGCAAGGGAAUUAGUGGCUGUGCCUGUUUCUUGUAAAUUCAAGCCAAGAGUUAUUAAAGUCACCAGUAGAAAACAAGCUAAACGUGCCAAUUUAUUCAAAAAAGAUAAUGUUUCACCACUUGCUAUGAGAAAUAUUGGAUACAUGGGGUUUGAACAAGAGAACGAGCAAGGCUUUUGUUCCUCUCGAUGCACGGAGUACUGUGCAACCUCCUGUCCUAGUUAUUGUUGCAGUGCACCAAUCCCUGGAGGCGAAAGAGCUCCCGGAGAGACUUCUGAUGAAAAUACGCCAAGGGAAGAGGACAAUGCCGCUCAAAAUGAGCCUUCUUCUCGAGAUGAUCUACCAUCGGCAGCCGAUAACGACGACAAAGACGAUACUAGAGCUGACGAUAUAGAUGAUGAUAGAGAUGACGACGCAAAUGACGAUAGAGCUGACGAUAAUUCUGAAGAUAGAAAUGACGAAAGAAACGACAGUCGGGAAGAAAGUGAUCAACUUCUCCCAAAUAGUCGACAAGCAGUGCAACAAGAUGAUUCAGAUCAAUCAUCACCGUGGUAACACCCUACAUUUAUGUCAGUAGAAACAUUUACUAUCACGUUAUGUCAUUGCAAACAUCUACAGCUUUUGCAGGGUUAGAGUAACGAUGAAGGAAAACAAUGUCAGAUUCACCAACAUAUUGCUUGUCAAAGCUCGCUAAAAGACACAUGCAAAACGUCAGAUAAGGUCAAAGAAA